GUCUCUGUAGCUUUCAUCUGCAUGUGUUGAGGGACAUUUUGGGACAUGGCAGGAGGAAUUCCUUUGGCUGUACUUGUUCUUCACAUUAUUACCCUUUUAUGUGGUUUUACCCUGUGUUUGCCCACUCAAAAAUUACAAGACUAUGACGUGGACGGAGGACGGGACCUUGACAUUUUUGACAUCAAUGAAGAGGCAGGGCUCAAUCUUGUAGAGGGAGAUAUUGUGCUUGAUGAGAGGCAAACCCGCAACUCAAUCAUCGGGGAUGAGUACAGGUGGCCAAAGACCAUACCUUACUACAUGGAAGAUGACUUAGAGAUCAAUGCAAAAGGUGUAAUACUGAAGGCCUUUGAGCAAUACCGGCUCAAGAGCUGCAUCGACUUUAAACCUUGGAGUGGAGAAGAAAACUACAUAUCCAUCUUCAAAGGAAGUGGCUGUUUCUCUUCUGUGGGAAACCGCAAAGUGGGCAAGCAGAGAUUAUCAAUAGGGACAAACUGUGACCGCAUCGCCACAAUUGAACACGAGUUCCUUCACGCUUUGGGUUUCUGGCAUGAGCAGUCCAGAUCGGACCGUGAUGAUUACGUCAAAAUCAUGUGGGAUCGUAUCUCAGAGGGAAAAGAGCACAACUUUAACACCUAUAACGACACCACUUCCAGCUCUUUGGGUGUGCCUUACGACUAUGGCUCCAUGAUGCACUACAGUAAAAACGCCUUCCGUAAUGGCACCGAGCCGACCAUCGUCACCAAGAUCCCUGCCUUCAGUGAUGUCAUCGGCCAACGAAUGGAGUUCAGUGAUAGUGACCUGCUCAAACUGCACCGCCUAUAUAACUGCACCCAGGGAUCCACCUUCCUGGAUUCAUGUGACUUUGAACGUGAGAACAUCUGUGGCAUGAUCCAGGGAGAGGGGGACCAGGCCGACUGGCUCAGGGUCGAUAAAGCCGCAGGAGGGCCCGACACCGACUACUCCAACUUGGGCAAAUGCAACGAUGCGGGGUUCUUCAUGCACUUUAACACUGGCACAGCCAACAAUGAAGACACAGCACUGCUGGAGAGCCGGAUCCUUUACCCCAAAAGAGUAUACCAGUGUCUGCAGUUCUUCUAUUACAACAGCGGCAGCCCCAGUGACACUUUAAACAUUCAUGUUCGAGAGUAUGACAGUGCUAACCCCAGUGGAAAACUGCGCUUUAUAAAGACCAUAGAUGGCACCCCAGAGGAGCUGUGGCAGCUGCACCAUGUGACUUUAGACGUUCAAAAAAAGUUCCGUGUUGUCUUUCAGGGCAAAAAGGGGACCACUGGGACUUCUACAGGGGGGCUGUCCCUGGAUGACAUCAACCUCUCCGAGACUACAUGCCCUGAAUUUGUAUGGCGUGUGAAAAACUUCAGUCAAGUUAUUGAUAACACACCAGAGAACACCUCUAUCUUCAGCCCCCCGUUCACCUCGAAGGAGGGUUACAGCUUCCAGAUGCAGCUGUACCCCAGCGGGAAGGAAGGAUACCCUGGCGAGCUGUCUGCAUAUGCUCAUUUGGUGGCCCGGGAAGGGGAUGCUGCGCAAAAAUGGCCAUGCCCCUGGAAGCAGAUGACCAUGAUGCUUAUGGAUCAGCACCCACAUAUUCAGAAGCGCAUGUCUAACCAGCGCAGUGUCACCACUGACCCCACAAUGAAGGUCGCAGACUCUGACCAGUUCUUCUGGGACGACCCUCGCAAAGUGGGCAUAGAGGUCACAGAUUCAGAUGGGUCCAAGUAUUUCCGAGGGCCAGGUGCUGGAACUCCAGUGUAUCUCACCCACCUAAGAGCAAAAAGCAGAGACUUCAUAAAGGGAGGAGACGCCAUCUUUCUUCUCACCAUGGAGGAUGUGUCUCAUCUGACAGUGAGCCAGCCUGUGCCUUCCACAACCCCAACCCCAUCAGUGACAACCCCUGACAUCUGCCAGAGUGUGGAGUGUCUUAAUGAUGGGGUCUGUGUGGUGGACGAUGGGAAGCCAGCUUGCAGGUGUGCGGUGGGAGACGACUGGUGGUACUAUGGGGACAGCUGUCAGCACAAGGGCUCCAACAAGGAUAAAACCACCCUUGCUCUCGCCUCCUCUCUGUCUGUACUCGGAGCGAUGCUGGUGAUCACAGCAGUCAGUGUAAUUUGUGUGAAGAAGAAGUAUAAGAAAAGAGGGAAAGAGAGCAACAUGAGGGAAAACGAGAUGACAAGUCAGAGGCUGUAAUAGGAAGCGUUGACAUUUCCAAUUACAACAUGAAAACAUUUUUUCAUUGCAAUGUUUAUGUUAAAAAUUCUUAUAGAGCAGGCUUUUCACUAAAAGUUGUCUUGCUUUUAACUCUAAAGUUUUAAAACUGACUGUAGAUUGUAAUAUUAGAUGAUAUCGCCCCCUUCUGGUCAUUCUACAUACAAACAUAUCCAAGGAGAUCAUUGUAAAUAAAUUCUUUUUAAAUUC